AUGGAGUGUUCAGCAACUCCUGAAAUGGAGUGUUCAGCAACCUCUGAAAUGGAGUGUUCAGCAACUCCUAACUCAAGUAAUUACAUAGAACCCAUUCACCAAAUAGAAACAGGAAAUUCAGUUUCAGAUGAUCCACUCUCAACAUAUUUAAAAGUUGAAAUUGAAACUUCACCACCAACACCCUUACCAGGAUCAUUCAUUGAAACUGAUCACAAAGUUUUCAAAUUCAGAUGUCCUGUGUGCAAUAAAAGAUUUAAGGAUAAAGAAAAGGCACAGCACCAUGUGGAGUCUCACAUAAUUCUCCAUAGCUUCUUUGCAAAUGAAGACUCUAAGUGCUCCCAGUGUAAUGUCUAUUGCAAAACCUCAGAAGACUUAAAAUUGCAUAUUGCGAAACACAAGACAAUAAUCAAAGGUAGGCCUAGAAAAUCCAGUUCAAGCAAAAGUGAAGAUCCAGAAGAUGAUCUGAAACGAUUUAUUUGUGAAAGUUGUGCAAAAAGUUUCAAAACUAAACAACAGUUGCAAACACAUUACUUGGUGCACAUAGAUAUAAAGCCAUUUGAAUGUGAUAUCUGCCAGAAGUCAUUCAAGUUGAAGCAGCAACUUCAUAACCAUUCCAAAGUACAUGAUGAUGCCAAACCAUUUGUUUGUGAGGUAUGCAAGAAGGGAUUCAAGCUGAAACAACACUUUGAAAACCACUCUAAGACCCACUCAGAUGAAAGACCAUUCAAAUGUAAUUUUUGUGAGAAAGCCUUCAAAUUCAAGCAGCAUCUGCAGAUGCAUAGCAGGGUGCAUGAUGAUUUGAGGCCCUUCGAUUGCAGCUUUUGUGGAAAGGCUUUCAAAUUGAAGCAGCAAAUGCAGGUUCACCUGAAGGUACACACUGAUGAGAGACCUUUUCAAUGUGACAUUUGCAAUAAGAGCUUCAAAUUCAAACAACAGCUGCAUAUACAUGCCAAAGUACAUUCUAAGAAAGUUGAGGAUGCUGUGAAUGGGUUCUUUGAGCAGACUCUUUUCACCACUGAAGCAGAGGUUACUAGUGAUAGUGAUUCUAAUUAUAUUUCUGAGACAAAUGAGAUGAGUAGUAAUUGA